AUGCAUGGCAAACUCACGCCAUGGGCCCUCGGCAAGCUUCCAGUCAACAUCCCAGAUCCAGCCUCGCGAGGCAUUUCUCUGCUACAGGUGCAGGAGCUCUCGGAGUUCAUCCAGAGGCUAUGCAAGACCGGCCUCUUGCAACAUCGGGACAACGAGUCCGAUUGGUUACACUGGGAGGACAUCCUCAUGGAAGAUAUGGCUUCAUACAUCCUGAAGCCUGCCAUACGAUACCUCGCAGCGGACAUCAGCAAAGAUGUUGCAACCAAUGAUUUGCCACCUGAGUAUGCCUGGAGCUGGAUAGAGAUCGUGGCAUACGGACCACAAGAUCCCAAAGUGUUUGUGUCUUUCAGUUUGCACAGCGGAUUUCGUGACUUCAUGGGCAGCGUACAUCAUCUGGCUGAUGACCAGGGCAUGACAAUCCGCGACAACAUGUGGAUUGGAAUGUUUGCUCGGGAGGAAAGUGCUCCAGCCCACGUCUUCGAUUUGCUAAACUCCCCUGUCUUCAGUGCAUUCGGCAAGUCCGAGGCAACAGCCCUGUUUCUGGACGAGCAUGCCAGCAUCUUGGAGAGAAGUUGGUGUAUUUUCGAGAUGGCUAUCAUCACCGACACGGCUACAAGUCGAAGGCGGUGGAAGCUGCGGGAAGAGCUCGCUAGAGAGGAGGGAUGCAGCAUCUUCAAUGUCAACGAGGAGAAAGUGUUGCAAGUUGAGAAGGAGCGUUUCGUGGAAUACCGAGCGCCAAGUUCGGACGACAUCUUCCAAUCCGAAAAUUGUCGUUUAGAUUGGCAGGUGAGGUCUGAGCUGGCAGGGGGUGGUGAUCCAUUCUCGGUUCCUUGGGAAGAGGUGCGGGAAAGGAUUCGGUUGAUGAGGCAAGGAGGAGGUAUUGAAACCAAGCCCCUGCUGCUCUGCACUCCCGACGGCUUGGUCGGCACCAGGCGUGCAACCUCAGUUCCUGUCCUACAUGCCCUUCUACACUCCUUCUGCUGCAGCAAAACGGAUGCCGCCAGCAAGGCUGAACGACGGCUAGUCAUGAAUUACAUUGCAAACUGCUACUGUGAAGAUGACAGAAGCAGUGCUAAUUUGUUGGAUGGAAUUCGCACUGACGGCGACGUCUACGAACUGGAGAAUGGGGAGACUGUGUCUGAAGCACGGCGACUGGACGGCUCUCCUGAGUACCAGCAUGAGCACAGUCUUGUCACCAGCAAUGAGCACACCGCCGUGAAGUUCAAGAUCCUCGACCACAGCAUUCGACAGGAAUGCAGAAAAGCUCUCGAAGCCCGCGGAGUGAAGGAGAGCUUCGACAACUGGAACAACUUCUUCGACUUGAAAAGAGUAUGCAACGUCAUGCCACCUGAGCAUCGUGCGCUCACUUUGUCACAGCUUCGAAUUCUUGCCAACAUGCUUCGUAGGCGCUUGGUGGAAUUUGGAGGCCUGCCUGCGUGGUACAAAGCCAGCUCCAGAGACCUCUGGAACAAGGACAAGGAGCUUCACGUUCUCCGUGACAUCCUUCCCGUCAACAGCUCCUUCUCGGAGUGCUUUCAAACACAGCGCCAGCUGCCCGACACCUACGUCAUAUGUCCUGAGGACGUGAAGUUGGUGGCCUUGUUCAGCGCAAUAGAGAGACAUGCAGAGGCACACCUUCUACCGGAGAAGACGACCUACUACGUGGAUGCUUUGUGUAGAAGGCGUGGCGAGCUGGAGAAGUCAGCCAACGAGUCCGCAGAAAAGACCCAGCGCCUCUUGUCAAACACUGGCAGAGGCGUUCUGCUCAUCCUUGACCAGCCGACAAGCCUUACCUGGCGGCACAAUGUUGCCAGUCUGUGGUGCUUGUACGAGCUGUUCUUUGCAGACAGACAGGGUCUUCUGUGGGACGUGGCUUGUGGAGAGGGUAUCGUGGCAAUGCGAGCUCCGCUAUCCACGAAACGAUGGGUUUUUGGUCAGUUCGACUCUGCGAUUGCCUGGAAUUUGUCAUCAAUCCGGGUGAAAGCAGAAGCUGCCAGAUGUACAGUAACAGAGGAGAAGGACAUCUUGCUGUCAAAGCUGAUGGAAUUCGGAAAGAAUUGCAUCACGGAGUUCGAGCAGAAGAUGACUGCCAAGGUCCCGGCCAGAAUGCUUGGACCCGUGCUGCGGAAGGCGGCGUGCAUGAGGGACAACCAGGACUUCGAACGCUUGCGUGAUGCCUGUGACAUCAUGGCAAAGCUGCGAUGCAGUGGGGCGCACAUAAAUCUGGCGAGUCUCGAGGGCGGCUUCGGGGAAUCGGCAUUGCACAUUGCGGCAGCAGCAGCUGUGGAUGGCAGUGCUAGGUGUGCCAGAGCUGUUGAGAUGCUCGUGCGUAUGGGCAUGGACGUGAAUGCCCAGGACGAUGCCGGCGAGACGCCCCUGCACUGGGCUGCCAUGACAGGCCGAGCAUGGGCCACUGGAUUUCUUCUUCGCAACGGCUCCGAUCCGCUGCUCGCGAGUUGGUCGGGUUUCCGGCCCUUUGACGUUUGUUGUACAGGGCCAGCCGCAUUCCUGGGAGUGGAUUCGAAGAAGGUCUAUGAGAUUCUCAAAGGAUAUGGAUCGCCCUUGACCGAGGCAUGCAGCUGCAGGCUUGAAGAGCUCCUCGCGCUGCGACUUCUGAGUUGUGAAGCGAAGGUAAGGCCACGAGCAGCCAUGGGUUUCAAAUAUGUCUUUAUUCCAGCAUCGGCCGGUGAUGACAUGCAGGAGCUCGACUACGAAAAAGAUGUUGCGACCUUGGAGGAGGACACCUUCCGCACGUUCGUCGAGAACUUCUUUGCUCGAGCCGGCGCUACCGCUGACCGUGGGGUGCUGUUGCAGCAGCUGAAAGAUCGGACGGGCGUCGACAUCCAGGAGAAGACAGACAAGGGUGAGAUGCCAAACGAGAUGCUGGACAAGCUGCUCUCUGCCAGCAGCGUCGAGAUCUUCCCAGUGCAGCUUCCGACGAAGGAGACCGGGUUCCAUGCAGUUGGUGUGUACCUUGAUGACAAGGGUGUGGCCAAGAGCCUGGAGGAGAACGUGCGCGUCUCCGGCCUUGUGCAAGCAUGCGGAUACCCCGGGCAGACGUUCAGAGGGGACUGCUUUGUCGGACGGGUGUUCGACGACACCCAGGAUGAGUGGAGGAGGAUGGACUUCACCCUCAAGGAUUGCAGCACUGAUGCUGAUUGGAUCCAGCAGACGAAGCUCCAGCGUGCCAAUAGGAAGCCAGAUGACCUGAAAAACCUGGCAAACAGCAUUGGUGCCAAUAAUCCUGCUCAGAUUAAUCCCUCCAUGAUGGCAGAGUCUCCGCAGGGUGAGACUGCAGACUAUUCUUGGAAGCAGUCGGAAGACGAAGUUGAGGUCACCUUCAAGCAGGAAGGUUUGCAAAAAGGCGACAAGAAGUACGUAAAGGUCGCCUUCGGACGAAAACGGCUGAAAGUGUCAGUCAAGGACCAGGUCAUUAUCGACUCGUCCUUGGCCGGCAACACGACCGCAGAUGAGUGUGACUUUGGUAAAGGAAGACGGAGACACCUGGCCACGCUGUCAGCGCUUAAGGCGUACCAGGCGGGUGAAGAAAGGGCAGCCAGAAGCCCCAUCUUCAUAUCCAUUCCGAGUGAGUUCGAGGUUCACCUGAAGGCAGCCAUUGCAGCCCCAGUGUACAUUGCAGAGGUCUCUCCUGUUGAGCAGCGGGGCCUACAUGCCGCCAAGCAUGGCCUAUACGUUGCCGUAGGACUUCUGUGCGCCGAGCUGAUAGGGCUCCCACAGGAUCCUCCUGGCAACGGCCUAACCGAAACCAACAGAUGGUUCUGGCGAGUCGUCCUUGGGCUACCGAUUUUGGCCGGAGGGUUCCAGUACGUGCUCAUGAAGUUCGACCUCCCCAUCGACCCGGCAUUGUACUUGGUGCGGCAGGGCCAAAUGGAAGAAGCCAGGAUGAUGCUGUACAAAACAUAUGGGCUGUCAGCACCGGAGUCGUCUGCCGGGCUGGAACAGGUCCGAGUUACAAAGCUCGAGCUGAAGUUGAAGGGAAUUACCGCGACCUUUGAGAUCUUUAAGCUUGCGGAGGUUUGGAGCACCCAGCUCGUGGAUAACAUGGGUAGGCGUUCCUUACUGCUCUAUGGCUGCGUCACCCAGAGCCUGGCCAUGGCAUCUAUGGUGUACGUCGUGCAGUUCUUGCCUCUGGUGGUGCAGGGAAUUAGCGCGUUCGUCUUUUUCAGCUUCUUCGUGGUCUCCUGGAACUUCGGCCUCGGAGCCAUCACGUGGCUAUGGCUCUCGGAGAUUUACCCCUCGGAAAUUAGAGGACCUGCGCUUUCCGCAUGCGGAGUCAUCAAGUGGCUGAGUUGCUUCUUCGUGGUGCUGAUCGCACGGUUCCUGAACCUGCAUUCUUCGUGCUUGCUGUUCGGGACUCAAAGUGCCUUGAAGACCAUGCUAUCCCCAAGUCGGGGUGGAGGGGUGCGAAGCAGGCCAAUAAGGCAUGCGCUCAAGCAGCCACUUUCAGCUGAGGUGGCUUUUCGCUGGGCAGUGGUUGGAUGCAGCUGCAUCUCACUCCGACCUCGCUUGAUACACGGCCGACGAAGCUGCAUGCAGGUGCGACAAACAAAGGAGACUGAAGAGGAACGACAGCGACUGGACCAGGAAGCACGCGAGGGCAUGCAAGAGUACAUGAAGCUCAUACAGGAGCUAGCGGAGGGUGGGAACAUCCGUGCCCAAAAAACCGCAUGGAAAUGGGACAUACGGCAACGUGUGUGGAAUUUCUUGGAAGACAAUGACCUGGCCGAUUUUCCGCGACCUGUUCAUCAUCGCAUCCCGAACUUCCAGGGUUCUGCGCGAGCUGGGGAGCGCCUGGCAGAGCUGCCUGAGUUCAUUGACGCGAAGAUCGUGAAAGUGAACCCAGACACGCCACAGAAGUCUGUUCGAGUCGCAGCACUGCGCUCACGGAAGAUCCUCUAUGUGCCGCAGCCACGUCUCAGGACAGGCUUCUUUUCUCGGAUUGACCCUGGAACUGUCCCACCUGAGAAGUACAACUUUGCAGCAACGGCACGCGGAAUGAAGCAGCUUGCAGACCCCAUGGACUUGGAUGAUAAGACAAAGAUCGACGUUGUAGUCGUGGGGUCGUCAGCUGUGCAUCCUGAAUCAGGAAUCCGUGUUGGCAAGGGUGAGGGCUUCGCGGAGUUGGAAUAUGGCAUCAUGCGCCAGCUGGGCAUGAUCGAUGAAUCAACGCCGAUCAUCACCACCGUGCAUGAUAGCCAAGUUAUCACUGAUGACUUCCCGCCUAAGGGCAAGGGCAUGAUGAAGCACGAUGUGCCAGUGGACAUUAUUGUCACACCCACUCAGACCAUUUACGUGGACAAGGCGAAGCAGCCCAGCAAGCCAAAGGGCAUUUACUGGGAUUUGUUGUCUCGGGAGAAGUUGGCGACCAUCCGGGUCUUACAGGACUUGAAAGCCAGAAUCGAGAACCAGACCGGUAUACAGCUGGAGCUGGCGGAGCAGGAGGAGGCUUUGCCUCCGCUGGCGAAGCGCGGGUCUCCCCGAAACAAAGCGCCUCCAAAGAAGCCCCAAACCAAGGAGGUCAAGGAGAAGGAGAAGGAGACCGUGGCCCAGACCCCUGGGCUCAAGGGUCGGCUCCGCAGGCCCGAGUGA